CUCCGCGGCCAUCUGCUCGCUGUCCCCCGCCCCCCUCUGGCCCCUCGAGGCCCCCCUGCUUCUGCCUGUGUGGUGACCCCCCCCAGCCGCCGGCACGGCCCCACCUCCGCUGCCCCGGUGGUGGCCCACGGCCCCCCCGGCUGCCCGUGGUCAAACUGGAGUCAUUGAAACGUUGGAAUGAAGAGAGGGGUUUGUGGUGCGAAAAGGGCGUUCAGGUGCUGCUGACCACCGUCGGCGCCUUUGCGGCCUUUGGACUCAUGACCAUCGCCAUCAGCACUGACUACUGGCUCUACACGCGAGCUCUCAUCUGCAACACCACCAACCUCACCGCAGGUGACGAUGGACCUCCCCACCGUGGGGGCAGCGGCUCCUCGGAGAAGAAGGACCCUGGGGGCCUGACACACUCAGGCCUCUGGAGGAUAUGCUGCUUGGAAGGAUUGAAAAGAGGUGUCUGCGUGAAGAUCAACCACUUCCCGGAGGACACGGACUACGACCAUGACAGCGCGGAGUACCUGCUCCGAGUGGUCCGGGCCUCCAGCAUCUUCCCGAUCCUGAGCGCCAUCCUGCUGCUGCUCGGGGGCGUGUGCGUGGCUGCCUCCCGCGUCUACAAAUCCAAAAGGAACAUCAUCCUGGGCGCGGGGAUCCUGUUCGUGGCAGCAGGCCUGAGCAACAUCAUCGGGGUGAUCGUGUACAUAUCUGCCAACGCGGGCGAGCCGGGCCCCAAGAGGGACGAGGAGAAGAAAAACCACUACUCGUACGGCUGGUCCUUCUACUUCGGCGGGCUGUCCUUCAUCCUGGCCGAGGUGAUCGGCGUGCUGGCCGUCAACAUCUACAUCGAGCGCAGCCGCGAGGCGCACUGCCAAUCUCGCUCGGACCUGCUCAAGGCCGGCGGCGGCGCGGGCGGCAGUGGCGGGAGCGGCCCCUCGGCCAUCCUCCGUCUGCCCAGUUACCGCUUCCGCUACCGCCGCCGCUCCCGCUCCAGCUCCCGAGGCUCCAGCGAGGCGUCGCCGUCGCGGGACGCGUCUCCCGGAGGCCCCGGGGGCCCGGGCUUCGCCUCCACGGACAUCUCUAUGUACACGCUCAGCCGCGACCCGUCCAAGGGCAGCGUGGCUGCGGGGCUGGCGGGCGCCGGGGGCGGUGGCGGCGGCGGCGGCGGCGGUGGCGGUGGCGUGGGCGCCUACGGCGGGGCGGCCGGCGGCACGGGGGGCGGCGGGGCGGGCGCCGAGCGGGACCGCGGGGGCGCAGCGGGCUUUCUCACGCUGCACAACGCCUUCCCCAAGGAGGCGGGGUCCGGCGUCACGGUCACGGUCACCGGACCGCCCUCUGCCCCCGCGCCCGCGCCGCCCGCUCCCGCAGCGCCCGCGCCGGGGACCCUGUCCAAAGAGGCCGCCGCGUCCAACACCAACACGCUCAACAGGAAAACCACGCCGGUGUAGGGCGCGCGCGCCCUCGCGGGGAGACAAGGGGGGGGGCGCGUCCGGGGCGCGUGCGCGGGCGCGCGUGCAAUGAGGCCGCCGGAUCGAGGUUCCCCCCCACCCCUCCCAGCUCGAGCCCCGCGAGCGCGCUGGACACCGCUGGGGCCUUCCAGCCCCUCCCUGCGCCCCUCCUGCACCCUCUACCCCCCGGGCGUGGGGAGCCCCGUCACGCUCCGAAGCAGGGACCCUUGGGGUGGGGGACGGGUCGGGGAAAAGGGGCUCUGGCGUGGGAGCGCUGUGUUUUAUUUUUGUGUGUGUGUGUAGGG